ACACAAACUAAACCUCGUUCAUUCACUCUCUGUUUCUCGUCUAUUUCUCUAAUCCACAAUGCCGAGAACCUCUCUGUUUCUAUGCCUCGCCUUCCUUGUCGUUUCGGGGACAUUUCCCGACUUCGUUUCGCCCUCGGUUUUACCCGAGGUUGCGGAGCCGAAGACGGUGAGAGAUGUUGAGCCUUACACUGUUAAAGUGGUGAUGACUUUCGUGUUCGACCUCGAGAAAGAAUGCCCGAAAACGCGAGAGUUCAAAGAGUUCUUCGAGAGGCUCAAGGCGUUCGCAAAGUAUGUCUGCCCGAUCUCUCAGGCCAUUCGGAGGAGAGGCUCGAGGGCUUAUGAGGCCGACAUGAGAGCUAAAGCCGGGAGCCUCUUCCAGGCGAUUUCCUCGUUCGCUGCACGUAAAAGCGAAUCAAGAGAAGUGAUGAUUCUGAAACAAGAGCAAAGAGAAGCUAUGAACAUCGUCGGCUCGAUCCAAUCGAUCUCUAGUAAGUUCAGGAACAGGAGAAAUCAUUACAGAAGCGAUGAUUCCAUGGAGCUAACUGCAGAGCAAAAGCAAGCAAUCAAAGAAAGGAUCAUCAGAUGGCAACAAGUGAUUACCCGAGUCGUCAAGACGAUGGUAGAGAGCAGUAGGCGAUCUUCAUCUCAGAUUCAAACCCGAGAGAGUAGUAGUCAGAGUUCUUCGGCGAACGUUAACGGAGGGAGCGGAGUUUCCAUGAACAGAGGAAGCAAUGGAGAUUCGGGAAAGGCUCAGACGACGGUGACCCCGAGAGGAAGCAGAGACGAUGAUAAGGCGAAAGGAAUGAAAAAAAAUUCCAAAAACGCAGCACACUCAGCAAAGAAUGCUUCCAUUGAGGAUAAAGGAAGCAAUGCGAAUUCCCCGAAAGACGAUAAUGGAGGAGAACCUGAAAAGGGUAAUUCCUCGGGGAUUCGAGGAGGCUCUCAAGUUUCAGCGAAAGGCAGUACAACGGUGGACAAUACUAAAGGAGGAAACAAAGAUUAUACCGUGAAGAAUUCAUCAGCAGAGAUUCAAGGAGGUGUUCAAGAAUCAAGUAGUAAGACUAAGAACGCUACUGACAGUGCCUCGACGUCGAACGAAGUCAUGGGAUUCAUAAUAAAACUCGAGAAGAAGUGUCCGGAGACCGAGGAGUUCAAGUCCUUUUUCGAGAAACUGAAGGCUUACAUGAGAUACGCCUGUCCUGUCUCCUCGACGGUCGGAAAGAAAACCCCGAGGUCCUACAUCUCGGAGAUGAUGUCAAUAGCCUCGAAACUCUCCGAUGCAAUGGCUCUGGUGCAAUCAAGGACGAGCAAAUCACGAGAGACGAAGAACACGAUGGAGAACUAUCAACGAGAGAUGAUGAAGACUCUGAAUCAAUUGCAAGAUGUCACCAGUAAAGUGGUGAAGGAGAAUCAAAGUAAGCAAGACGGGUCAGUGACAGUGACACAAACUCAGAAAAAGGUGAUCAAGGAGACAAUAACAAGAUGGGAACAAGUUACGACCCAGUUUGUGGAAACAGCUGUCGAGAGUGAAACACAAUCUUCAGCAAGAACAGAAUCUUCGACUUGGCGGGACAGUACAGAGAACAGGAAGACCAAGUCCAUGGAGGAGACGAAGGGUGAAGCUUCCAUUGCUCACUAAACCCAGAGAAAGAUGAAAGAAAACUGUAAUAAAUAGAUUGUAAAUAAACCCAAAUCGGAUAUAGGUUACUUCAGACCUUUAGCCCGAUUGAUGCUGGUAAUAACACUGUAUAGGAACUUAAAGAUUGUAAAUCCAUGGAGGGGCUAUCAAACAUGUUGGAUUUCCAAUACCCUUUUCUGUACGGAUCCAAUAGAAACUUUCUGAGUUGUUCUGUA